AUGUCCACAAGUUUUGAAGUUGUAGCAUAUGUAAGCUCACAAAAGGAAACAUUUGCUUCCAGUUCAGUAUCUGGAAUUGUCAUAAACAAAACACCUAAUAAUAAAACAGUAGAUUUUACUUAUCAAUUAUUUUCUGAAUCAAGACAACCUGAAUGUGAAGAGUUCAGUAUGGGUGAUAUGGUAUUUUUAUCUGGUAAAUUUUGUUAUUAUACUAUUUUUGGAGAUACUACUGGUAUUGUGUUAACGGUAAAUAAAGCAAUGAAAUAUCCAAAUAGAAAUUCAGGUUCUUGGACAAUUAUUAAUUAUCCUAAAACAAGACUAUCAAUUUCUUUUAUGGCAGUCUGUGAAAGCACAAUCAUUAAUAGAGUUCCACAAAUUAAAUCUUCUAUUACUGAUGUUUUUGAAGGAAAUGAGAUAAAAUAUAUUAGCAUGAAGACUUCUUUGUAUGAAGAGGAAAAUUCAAUUACAAGAUUAGUAAUUUAUGCAACUGAGAUCGAUUAUGAUUCACAAUCUAAUUUUGCAUCUACAAAUAUCACUAAUCAACAAAUUUAUCCAAAUAAAAAAAAACAUGAAAUUUUGUCUACAACACUUCAAUCUUCUCAUGUUGACAAAAAUAAAAAGAAUUCUGUAGAUGAAAGUAAAAAUGUGCAAACAAAUUCUCAAGUGAUUGCUCACACACUUUAUCAAAAAUUUCCUUCACAAAAUAAAUAUUAUGCAUCAUUUACACAACAAACUCCACAAUUUUUUAACUCUCCUCCUCAUGAAAGUAUGUCCAAUAAUCAAUUUACACCUUCUCUACCUGAAAAUACAUCUGAUAGUCAUUCUUUACUCCAACCUUCAGAACCAAAAGCAAAAUCUGUAAGAAAAAGAAAAACACCUUUUGCAAAUUCUAAAAUAGAAAAAACAAGGCCAAUAAGAAAAUCACCCAGAAAGAAAACCAUUGAAGAUUUAGCAACUAUGGAAUUAGAAAGUAAUGUUGAUAACAAUAUUAAUGAUCAUUUAUUAGUAAGACAAAUGAGUGGUAUUGAAAAAAUUAAUAAAGAAAAAUUAAGUGAAGAAUGA